GGUGACGCGCACGCAUGGCGUGGGAACGUCCUGACGCCUUGGAGUCGUGGGUCGAGCGCAAACAAUCUUCACCUCUAAUCGCUGUCUUCGUGCCUGUGGGAAGUAUUCGAUCUAUCUCUCCCCCAGAUUAAUUGAAGGGAAGGGGAAACAUUGCUGCUGCAGUUUGUUGGCUUUCACUGAGUCUUCAGGAUGUCUGAUAGUGAUGCUAGCAACUUCACUGAUGAUGAGAGUUCCCGAAGCAGCGAGGCAGAGGAGCAAGAGGAAAUUGAGGAGGAAGAAGAGCAUGCCAGUAGGGGCAGUGAGAAAGCGGAGGGGGAAGGUGAGAUAGAAGAAGCAGAAGAAGCUGAUGAGGAAGAGGAGGAGGAGGAAGAGGAGGAGGAAGAGGAGGAAGAGGAAGAGUAUGAUGAAGAAGAUGAUGAUGACCGACCCAAGAAGAAGCCACGACAUGGAGGAUUCAUCUUGGACGAAGCUGAUGUGGACGAUGAGUAUGAAGAUGAAGAUCAGUGGGAGGAUGGAGCAGAAGAUAUCCUUGAUAAAGCCUCCAACAUUGACAACCUGGUGCUUGAUGAAGACCACUCUGGGGCAAGACGAUUGCUAAACCAUUGGAGGGACAAAAGAGAAGAGGAACUUGGCGAAUAUUAUAUGAAUAAAUAUGCCAAACCAACAGCAGGAGAUCAUUUCUACGGCGCAUCAGAUGAACUCUCAGAUGACAUCACACAGCAGCAGUUACUGCCUGGUGUAAAGGACCCUAAUUUGUGGACUGUGAAAUGUAAGAUCGGUGAAGAACGAGCAACAGCUAUUUCAUUGAUGAGGAAGUUUGUUGCCUAUCAGUUUACAGAUUCACCCAUCCAAAUAAAGUCUGUUGUUUCCCCUGAGCACGUGAAGGGGUACAUUUAUGUUGAGGCAUACAAACAGACUCAUGUCAAGCAGGCCAUCGAGGGUGUGGGGAACCUCCGGAUAGGGUACUGGAACCAACAGAUGGUUCCCAUCAAGGAAAUGACAGAUGUGCUGAAGGUGGUGAAGGAGGUGACCAACCUGAAACCGAAAUCCUGGGUUCGUCUGAAAAGAGGUCUGUACAAGGAUGACAUUGCACAGGUGGACUAUGUUGAGCCAAGCCAGAACACCAUUUCUCUGAAGCUGAUCCCAAGAAUUGAUUAUGAGCGAAUCAAAGCUCGAAUGAGUUUGAAAGACUGGUUUGCUAAAAGAAAGAGAUUCAAGAGGCCGCUUCAGCGAUUGUUUGAUGCAGAAAAAAUCAGAUCGCUGGGUGGAGACGUGACCACAGAUGGAGACUUUCUUAUAUUUGAGGGCAACCGCUACAGCAGAAAAGGAUUCUUGUUCAAAAGUUUUGCCAUGUCUGCAGUGAUUACUGAAGGAGUGAAGCCCACGCUUUCUGAGCUUGAAAAGUUUGAGGACCAACCAGAGGGCAUUGACCUGGAGGUUGUGACCGAAUCAACAGGCAAAGAAAAAGAACACAACCUGCAACCUGGAGAUAAUGUAGAAGUUUGCGAAGGUGAAUUGAUCAACCUGCAGGGUAAAAUCUUGAGUGUGGAGGGCAACAAGAUCACAAUUUUACCCAAACAUGAAGAUCUGAAGGAUCCUUUAGAAUUUCCAGCUCAUGAAUUACGCAAAUACUUCAAAAUGGGAGAUCAUGUGAAGGUGAUAGCAGGGCGAUAUGAAGGAGAUACAGGACUGAUUGUGCGAGUGGAAGAGAAUUUUGUUAUUCUUUUUUCGGAUCUAACAAUGCAUGAGCUGAAAGUGCUCCCAAGGGAUUUGCAGCUAUGCUCAGAGACUGCAUCUGGAGUUGAUGCUGGAGGUCAGCAUGAAUGGGGUGAACUGGUCCAACUUGAUCCACAGACUAUGGGAGUCAUUGUCCGGCUAGAGAGGGAGACGUUCCAGGUUCUUAAUAUGUAUGGAAAGGUCAUUACUGUACGGCAUCAGGCAAUAACUCGGAAGAAGGAUAAUCGCUUUGCUGUGGCCUUGGACUCUGAGCAAAACAAUAUUCAUGUGAAAGACAUUGUCAAAGUCAUUGACGGACCACACUCAGGUCGUGAGGGUGAGAUUCGGCACUUGUAUCGUGGCUUCGCAUUUCUACAUUGCAAGAAAUUGGUGGAAAAUGGUGGUAUGUUUGUUUGUAAAACCCGACACUUAGUACUUGCUGGAGGUGCAAAGCCAAGGGAUGUAACAAAUUUCACAGUGAGCGGUUUUGCGCCGAUGAGCCCCCGCAUUAGCAGUCCAGUGCACCCCAGUGGUGGAGCCCCUCGAGGUGGUUUUGGAGGACAAGGGGGAAUGGGCCGUGGUCGAGGUCGUAGAGAUAAUGACCUGAUUGGACAAACGGUUCGCAUUUCACAAGGACCAUAUAAAGGUUACAUAGGUGUGGUAAAGGAUGCGACAGAAUCUACAGCUCGCGUAGAGCUUCAUUCCACCUGCCAGACCAUUUCUGUAGAUCGCCAGCGCCUCACUACAGUGGACUCAAAGAAGAAGGGUGGCUUGACAUCUGCUUACAGUCGUACCCCAAUGUACGGUUCCCAAACCCCAAUGUACGGAUCAGGAUCUCGGACACCCAUGUAUGGCUCCCAGACACCUUUACAUGAUGGAAGUCGAACUCCACAUUACGGCUCGCAAACUCCAGUUCAUGAUGGGAGCAGGACUCCAGGACAAAGCGGAGCUUGGGAUCCAAAUAAUCCCAACACACCUUCCAGGAAUGAUGAUGAAUAUGAUUUCCCUUACGAUGAUGAACCCACCCCAUCUCCACAGGCAUAUGGUGGAACACCCAACCCACAAACUCCAGGCUACACGGAUGUGCCGUCUCCGCAGGUUAACCCACAAUAUAAUCCUCAAACACCUGGAACACCAGCAAUGUACAGCACAGAUCAAUUUUCUCCAUAUGCGGCUCCGUCUCCUCAAGGAUCUUACCAGCCCAGCCCCAGUCCACAAAGCUAUCACCAGGUCGCACCAAGCCCUGUGGGCUACCAAAAUACUCAUUCACCUGCCAGCUAUCAUCCAACACCAUCACCAAUGGCGUACCAGGCAAGCCCAAGCCCAAGCCCCGUUGGUUAUAGUCCAAUGACUCCCGGGGCCCCAUCGCCUGGUGCAUACAACCCUCAUACACCAGGUUCCAGUAUUGAUCAGGGGUCCAAUGACUGGGUGACGACUGACAUCAUGGUUAAAGUGCGGGACACCUAUUUGGAUGCACAGAUCAUAGGGCAGACUGGAGUAAUUCGCAGCGUGUCGGGUGGCCUUUGCUCCGUGUAUCUGUCUGACACUGACAAAGUAGUCAGCAUCUCAAGUGAACAUCUUGAACCUGUCACCCCUAUGAAAAGUGAUAAGGUGAAGGUGAUUCUAGGUGAAGAUCGGGAAGCCACAGGUAUGCUGCUCAGUAUUGACGGUGAGGAUGGAAUUGUUCGAAUGGAACUGGAUGACCAGCUGAAGAUUCUCAACCUGAGGUUUCUUGGGAUCCUCAGUGAAGAAGGGGCAUUGAGUGCAACACCCUCUGGCAAAGAUGUAUAUAGUCGAAAGUAAAAUUCUUUUCUGUGAAGUUUUUGUUCAUACUUUUAGGUUUCCCUCUUGUGUUCUUGCUUUGAUAAUGUCUUGCUUAUUGUGGCCAGGUAUUAGCAGUGGUUCGUUCAAAAGAUCAAAAACAGCAGCAAACAACUGUUUGAGCAAAAGAAUGAAUGUGGAUUAAUUUGACAACAAAAAGCAAAGGAGGUUAUUUUUUCCUACUGAAAGUUGUUUGAUGCAAGAAAUGGGUUAUAGAUGCAUUUUUUUUAAAUUAAACACAACAUGGAGAAUGAUUUGUGUGUGAACAGGUAACUGAGUUUGUAAAUGUGAGGCUUGGAGGCAGUGAAUACUUUUGUAGCAAUUGAAUAGCACACCUAUGGGAUGAUACUGAAGGCUAUUUUUAUACAAAAAGAUGUUUGUACAGAUGUGACAAGUCACAUGAAAGAAUAGACUGCUUUGACAAAAAUUACUAACUAUUUUUUUAAAAAAAGCAGUUUGUAAAUUUAUAUUAUUGGAAUCUUUUUACUUUGGCAUUUAUUUUGAAAGGUUUUGAAGGAUCCUUUGAAAUUAACUUAGUUGUUCCAUUUUCACAUUUCAAAGGCAAAUCUCUAAGGGUUUCAGACUGCAUAAUAGUUGUUCCCUGUGCUUGAUCUCUGGAUGUGAUGUUUAUUCUUCCAGCUCCCCUCUGAUUGCAUUAAGUUGCAGUCAAGUUGACCCGUUUAAAAUGUCAUACCAUGACUGGCCAGAAAUAUGUUUAAGGGCAAUGGAGCUCUGAAUAAUCAGAAUUAGACGUAUUAAACUAAGUUGAAACUGAGAAUGUACAUCAGUUAGAUUUGAAUGCCCUACUUCUCAGCAUUUGGGUGCGUUAAAGGUAAGGCACCUGGAAAUUAUUGCCUGUUGAAAUCUGUUGUUUCUUUUGCUUCUCUCCAGCUAUGCUGGAGACUUGCAGUGAGAGCGAUCUGAAACCAUCGGCUGCCUCCACCACACGUUGUGCACUGGGCAUUCUCUUCCCCACAAGUAUUUAGAAUGUAGUAGUGGCAUUAUUUUCAAGAUUGCUUGUUUCUAAGUCCAGAGCAGAAUUUGCAGGUGUCAUAAGUUGCACUCUGGUGCCUAUUUUCACUCACCUGAUGGAAAUGUUCUUCCCCGCAAGCUGUCUGCCGUUUCUCUCUCCCUGAAUGGUGGGCAACAAGCGUGUGAGCCGCGUGAUUGCUCUCAGUCCACAUUCUCCUUCACCCCAGAGGCUGAGGAACCGAUCUGGGUCUUCUGCUUUGUCAGCCACUUCAGCACUUACGCUGACCUUGCCUGUGUCAGUUGUCCCUUUUUCUCCCAUACCUUGAGGUCCAUUGCUUAUGGAAUCCUGCUGAAGUUUCAACAGAACAAUGAGAGUUAUUCUAAUUUUUCAUCAUUGCGAUGUUGGAUUACCAGACUGUGUGUAUACCUUAUCAUUUGAUGCUGCCUAGAAUGCAGGAGAAAUGUACAUGGCCGAAAUAUGUGAUUUAAUGCAUUGCUUAACCAAUACCAUUCAGUGUUUAAUUAAAAAUUAAGGUGCAAAGCCGCAACAAAGAAUGGAGUGGGAUGAUUUGGUUAUAUCUCGGAGGCAAUGAGAACCGUUGGAAUCUUGGAGAGGGAGGAUAUCACUGGGCAACUUGGACUCCUCCAAAGCUGCACAAAGAUUCUCGGACACACAAUGUAUACUAUGCAGGAGUCUUGUACUCUGAUUGGAAGAGGUGUGAAUAGAAUUUUAAUUUUUGUACACAGAGACUAUGUCAUAAAGUUUCUGAAUUCACCAAAAAAAAAUCUGGCUGACUACUUUCAUUAAAAUACUGAACCUACUUGAGAUUUCUUCAUCUACAGUGUUCAUAAUAUUUCUGGAGCAAUGAUUUAUAAAAACAAGUUUGUUCACUAUAUUGUCAAUUGGGAAAACGUCCACUGUAAAUUGCCUGGCUCAAACUCCAUGUCAGUCAAACAUUCAGCAUCAUAAGAUCAAGAUACAAAAUAAUUGUCCCAAGUAUCAGAGGACUGCUGACAUUGUUUAAACUUAAUAAUAUUGCCCAAAUUUUCAAUAAGAAUAAGAUUAAUAAAGUAAGAGGUUGAGUGUAGCUGAAUUAAAGACAUUUUGUCUUACAUUCAUCAAGACAAAUAUCAAAGUACCAAAAGAGAAACCAACAUUCAUUUUGUAUAGAGGGAAGUGCUGAUUGUUUGGCCAGUGGAUUGUGACUAAUAUACGUAUCCUCCAGUAUAUGCAAGCGUGCAGUACUGCAAAACUUCCGGACAAUCCUAAGCUGGUUAUAAGGUUAAUGGUUUGCACACUUGAAAGUAUAUAGCAAGUGUUUUCUAUUUGUUGAAUCACUUCUAAUGUUGGACACUGUGCUGUGAGUGUGCAAGCGCAAACUGAGUUUGUGAAUUAUGCCAACAACCAAUUUACAAUGUCACUCUGGCUCACAGUAUGGUGCAUUUAAAUGUAUUAGCAUUAUUACAUGCAUUAUUAUACAGGGUCCUAUUUGCCGUGGAAAAAACAUCAUCAUGUACUUGAUUCAACUCAACAAAACAGGUGACAGUCUUUCUCUGAUUUAUUACGGCAAAACUUUGUCGACCUGCCUUGUUUAAAAUUUAAACAAAGCUUGGCAGGUCACAGUCAGUCAGUAAGUCAUUAAACGGUACAUUUGCCAUGGUGACGUCUCUACCAAUCAGCACUUUUGUUUUCCCUUUACUCUGGUAUGUUUUGUAAAUUGUCCAGAUGUCUGCAAGAUCAUAGGUUUCAAUAAAAUGUCUUUUUUUUUUCAACGAUCCUCAAGUUCUGUCCUUUGCAACAAAGAUCUUAAACAUGGGGCAGAGGUUUCCCAUCUUAGGUCGGUAUGUUAAUUUUAAGUGCACUUGUGAAAUUGGACCAGCUGCAAAUGCUCAGUCCUGUUUGAUGCAUCAAAAAAAGAAUGUUUAGAAUUUUGUUAUUUUACAAUGGCCACUGCUAAGAUCUGCUUCCACUGUCUAGUUUGCUGAAUGUCUCCUUCUGAUGUAAAGUGUAUUUCUGUGGUUUGGAAAUAUCACUGUAUGGCCAAUAUUUGAGCUUAUAAACCUAUUUUUGUUUUGAAUGGAGUCAAUAAAAAGACUUGCAGAUCUUGAA